AUGUCGGCUAAUAGUUCGCAUUUUAACUCAUCGAGUUUAAAUGCGACUAAUCAAAAGAUACGAGUCAGAUCAAGACGUUCUUCAUCUGUUGGUAGAAUAGAUUUAGGUGAUACAGUCUCUGGUUUAGGGACAAUGUAUGAAUCAAGAUAUUCCAAAAAUGCUGCUCAACAAAGAAUGAAAAGGUUAACAGAUGAAGGUAGAAAUGAUAUUGAUUUGAUUAAAAAAAUGUGGUACUCAUUUAGAGAAGUUAAUUAUCGUCAUGCUUGGGUUACACCUUUAAUUAUUAUGAUCUUAUCAUACAGUGCAUACUUCACUUCAGGAAAUUUAACAGAAUCAAAUCCUUUACAUAUGUUUGUGGCAAUAUCUUAUAGAGUCGACAAUACUGAUAUGUAUAGUAAAGGUAUUAAAGAUUUAGCUUUUGUCUUCUAUUAUAUGAUUUUUUUCACUUUUUUACGUGAAUUCUUAUUAGACGUUGUAUUACGUCCUUUACCUAAUUGGUGGAAUGUAGAUUCAAGACAUAGAAGUAAAAGAAUUAUUGAACAAGCAUUUUAUGUGGUUUAUUAUAGUUUUUCAAGUCCUUUUGGUCUUUAUUGCAUGUAUCAUUCUGAUCUUUGGUUAUUUAGAACUGAUACAAUGUAUAAGACUUAUCCUGAUACAAAUAAUCCAUUUUUAUUUAAAGUUUUCUAUUUAGGUCAGGCUGCAUUUUGGGCUCAACAAGCUUGUGUCCUUGCUUUACAACUAGAAAAACCAAGAAAGGAUCAUGAUGAAAUGGUAUAUCAUCAUAUCGUAACUUUAUUAUUAGUUUGGUCCUCUUACGUAUUCCAUUUCACAAAGAUCGGUUUGGCAGUUUACAUUACAAUGGAUAUCUCUGAUUUAUUUUUAUCUAUUUCAAAGAUCUUAAAUUAUUUGAAUUCUCCAUUCACUGAGCCUGUCUUUGUAUUCUUCAUUUGCGUUUGGGUCUAUUUACGUCAUGUGGUAAACAUUAGAAUUCUUUGGUCUGUAUUGACUCAAUUUAGAACAGUAGGGAAUUAUACAUUGAAUUUUGCUACUCAACAAUAUAAAUGUUGGAUUUCGUUACCUAUUGUCUUCAUUCUAAUAUUUGCUUUGCAGGCUGUCAAUUUAUAUUGGUUAUUCUUAAUCGUUAGAAUCCUGUAUAGAAUCUUAUGGAAAGGUAUUACUGAAGAUACAAGAAGUGAUAAUGAAGGAUCAGAUGAAUCUGAUAGUCAAGAAGAUUCUCAAGAAGAAACAAAAAAAGAACAAUAG